GGAAUCAGGUUGAUAGUGAAUCAUCUGAGAAAUGGCCGCACGCCUCAGAUUGGCUGGUAAGAAAUGUACGGUGAUCGGCGGGUCAGGAUUCUUAGGCCAGCACAUGGUGGAGCAGCUCCUGGAGAAGGGUUACGCGGUGAAUGUGUUUGAUAUUCAGAAGAGAUUUGACAAUGACGGAGUGCAGUUCUUCCUGGGAGACCUCUGUGACAAAGAGGCUUUGCUCCCAGCUUUACAAGGUGUGUCAGUGGCAUUUCAUUGUGCAUCACCAGCACCUUCAAGUGACAACAGGGAACUGUUUUAUAAGGUGAAUUUUAUGGGAACCAAAGCAGUCAUUGAAGCCUGCAAAGAAGCUGGAGUGCAGAAACUGGUGUUAACUAGCAGUGCCAGUGUAGUUUUUGAGGGCACAGACAUAAAGAAUGGAUCAGAAGAUCUCCCUUAUGCAAAAAAACCUAUCGACUAUUACACAGAGACGAAGAUCCUACAGGAGAAGGAAGUGCUCAGUGCGAAUGACCCAGGCAACAAUUUCUUCACUACUGCUAUUCGUCCCCAUGGAAUAUUUGGUCCUAGAGACCCUCAGCUGGUUCCCAUCCUCAUCCAAGCAGCUAAGAGCGGCAAAAUGAAGUUCAUAAUUGGGGAUGGGAAGAACUUGGUAGAUUUCACCUAUGUGGAAAACGUGGUCCAUGGACACAUCCUAGCUGCAGAAAAUCUUCAGAAAGACUCUCCCCUGUGUGGGAAGGCAUUUCAUAUCACAAACGAUGAACCAGUUCCUUUCUGGGCUUUCAUGUCCCGUAUCUUGACUGGCUUGAACUACGAUCCUCCCAAGUACCAUAUUCCCUACUGGCUGGCAUAUUACCUGGCCCUGUUCCUGUCUCUAGUGCUGUGGCUGCUAAGUCCACUGGUCACCAUCAAACCCACUUUCACCCCGAUGCGGGUAGCACUAGCUGGAACGUUUCACUACUAUAGCUGUGAACGGGCCAAAAGAGACAUGGGCUACAAACCAGUGGUGAGCUUGGAUGAAGCAAUAGACAGGACUCUGCAGAGCUACCCCCACCUACGCCGGGCUAAGGCCUGAGAAGUCCUAGAUGGAUUUUUUUUUUUUUUUUCCUACUUGAUUUUUGUAAUUGCUUUGGCAUCUUAACGUGAACACCGAAGGAAAUGUCACUAACUCUCUGGAACAGGGAGUUUUCCUGAAGUCCCUCCUCCUCCUCACCAUUAUCAAGACGGCUUUAUCUGGGUUGAAAAAAACUCAACGUAGGAGCUGUGCUAACAGUUCUU